AUGAGCCUCUUCUUCGACAGCGACGCCGAUCCGCAAAUCGUUGUGAGGCUCCCGAAGCCGACACGACGGCACGUCCCGCAGGCAGCUUCGCUGCCAAAUAUCCACGCCCUUCCGUCCCCUCCGUCGUCUAUCAUCAUGGACGAAAGCCCCUCUCACUCUCGCGACGCGUCGUUUGCGAUAUCGGACGCGGUCAUGAACAUGCCUGCGCGCGCUGCCCCCGCGCAGGCGCGUCAAGACUCUCGUGGGGAGCGUGAGCGGAACAGGGCCCUCCUCACCCCUCCUCUCACCCCCUCGUCAACCCUGCGCACCACCACGAGCUUCGGGUCCAUGUCCACCGAUGAAGAGGUCGAGGAUGUACUGCAUGAAGACGCGGACACUGUAUCGCGCGCCAUUGUGGCGACGAACAGCAGCGAGCACUUCGAUGCCACACAGGACCAAGACUACAUUGCCAUGCGCUGGCGUGCGCAUCUGCAAGCGAACAGCGCCGACGGGUCCAAGUCCGCGUCGCCCAUCUUCACACCUCGCGCGCGACACGAGCUUCCUCCUCCCUUCGUCCCCCAAGAUCUCUCUGCGGACCCUCAGGCUCUUCUCAUCCCGCAAGGACGCGUCGGCGGACCGAGACCCUUCAUCCCUGCUCAGCACUUCACGGAGCCGCCUGUUAACACCAACGAAAACCGUUUCACUUCCGACCCGCGUCUCGCGCACCAUGGUCACCCCAACGCCGUCGACCUACGCGCCUUCAUGCAGCCGUGUUUCCAGCACGCGCCUCAGCAGGCGUAUGGGGAAUCACCUUCGCCCCUGCCUUCCCAUCCUCAGCAACAGCACCCCCCGUUCUACCAAGGCGUCCCCACGUCGCCACAGGUCCCUCACCCCUCUAUGUUCUAUCCGCACCAUCCUGCGCCAUACCCACCGCCCGGGAUGCACUGCCCUACGGGCUCUCCGCCCAUGUCGUUCGAGCACGCGCCCGGCUUUAUGCUACCUCCCGGCCUCCAAUACGGACAGCCCAUGCCCUACUAUGGCGGUUACGCGCCUCCCGGUGUCCCCGGACCAGCGCCUCAGCCCGAACCUGCACAGUACUGGGAGGCUACGCCGCCUGCGCCAAUGAUGCCCGCGCCGCCUCAUGGCUUCGUUCCGGACGACCUCUGGUAUAUGCCGCCGCCGCAACACGCCGCGCAGCUGACGUACCCCUACUCCGACGAAUCGACCUCGGGUGCAGGCCCGGGAGAGGACAUGCGUCGCUCGUCUCCGCCGCGGGGGCUGCGCCGUCGGCAGGGGCCCAACGCGCGAAGCCGCGAUCCCGGUGUCACGGCCGAGCACAACAUGCUCAACCUCGACCGCAUCGAGCAGGGGCUUGAUACGCGCACUACCGUCAUGAUCAAGAACAUCCCUAACAAGAUGACGGACAGCGAUCUCCAGCACUUCAUCGCGAAGGUCUGCCCGCGUCGCAUCGACUUCAUGUACCUUCGUGUGGACUUCUCGAACGGCUGCAACGUCGGCUACGCCUGCGUCAACUUCAUCGACGUCAAGGACUUGGUUCACUUCGCCCGCUCCUGCUUGGGCAAGAAGUGGAACAUGUACAACUCCGAGAAGGUGCUGCACAUGUGUUACGCGAACUACCAGGGCAAGGAGGCCCUCGUUGAGAAGUUCAAAAACUCCGGAAUUAUGGAGGUGAAGGAGAACUGGCGCCCGCGCAUCUUCCACUCCUUCGGCCCGAACCAAGGCCUCCCGGAGGAGUUUCCGAAGCCGACGCACCUGCGGCGCAAAGAGCGCAGCUCGCUCAACCGCACGCUCUACACGCCGGGCGAGGGCCUGGAGACCGCGCAGGGCAACCGUCGGCGUCUGCUCAAGGCGGCGGGCCGCGGUGAAAGCAUCUAA